UUAAGUUUUUGUUAAUUUGUAAUUUUUUUUAUAUGUUUCUUGUGGUAAGAAGCUUUGCCCUAAACAACCCGGGGACCAGGAGUCACUUUGGAUUUAAUUAUGAUAAACAUGGAAGGGAUUGGGAUGUAAAGGGUGGUCAAAGGCAAUCUCCCAUUGCACUGUGCUCGUAUAAUAGCAUUACAUGUAGUGUCCCCAAGCUAAAGUUCGUAAAUUACAAUAAAAUAUUGAGUGACCCUUUGUCUGUGAUUAACAAUGGUCUGACUGUCCUAAUGAGGAUUCCCAAAACAGUGGAGGGAGCUCUGCCAUCUAUUUGUAUCAGCAGUGAGGGUGAACAGGUUUUUGAGGCCCAGCAGCUGCAUUUUCAUUGGGGCUCUGAGUUAAGCAAAGGAUCCGAACACAACCUGGAUGGCAAUUUUUAUGACGGAGAAGUUCAUUUGGUUCAUAAGAAUUCCUGUUACAAGAGCAACCAAGAAGCUGCUCUACAUCAAAAUGGAUUCGCAGUUUUAGCUUUACUUAUAAGGCACCUAAAGGAUCCAGAAAAUGAGACACCAGCUAUGAAUGAAAUCUGCAAACAGGUCUCCGAGAUAUCUGAAAUGGAUGAAACAAAUCGUCUUGAUCAGAGCAUGUCCUUAGAAGAUCUUUUUGUUUCAGUAGACACUGACAAAUACUUGACUUAUGAAGGAUCCCUUACCACUCCGCCAUGUGCUGAGGCAGCCAUCUGGUUUGUUUUUCAGACACCUCUCGAUGUGCCCAAGGAACAUUGGAAGAACUUUUGGCAGCUGAGGGAUUCUCGUGACCAGCGUGUACUUAACACAUAUCGGGAAUUACAAAAUGCCCAUGACCGACCUGUUUACCGUAGUAAAGGCAAAAAUGAGAAACUUUAGUCAUAAAUUUUAAAAUCGUCAAGUGUAUAAAAAUUGUUUAAAGUGCAA